GUGGACUGGCUAGUUCCCGAAGAGAGCCCCAGCUCGGGAAGGGUUGGGGAUUACCCAUGGGGGAAGCCCCGAGUCCCCUGUUGCAAAGUUGGAAAACUCUGCUAGGGCGCGGAGGACCCGUGGCGUGGCACACUGCCGCUUGUCUUGGGUUUCCUCUGUUCAACCGAGGCGGCCCCAAGACUCCCACUCCCCAGCUCCUGGAACUCCCGUUUGGUUGCCUAAGGCAAGGGAGUUGGCCUAGCCCACAAGAGGGGAAGACUUAGAGAAUGCUAGGUUUUAGCGCUGGCACAGUAGGUCCCAGAGGGCAUCAAGUCCAGUCUCCCGAUUCUCCAGAGGAGGAAGCUGAUGCCCAGAACGUCUCGAGGCGCAUGCUAGCCCGUAUGGCAAUUAGGCUAUCCAGCCCUCCUCCAUAAUGAACGAGUGUCACUAUGAUAAACGUAUGGACUUUUUCUAUAACAGGAGCAAUACCCACACUGCAGAUGAAUGGACAGGAACCAAACUUGUGAUCGUUCUCUGCUUUGGGACAUUCUUUUGCCUAUUUAUCUUUGUUUCCAAUUCUCUGGUCAUCGCAGCUGUGGUCAAGAACAGAAAGUUUCAUUUCCCCUUCUACUACCUGCUGGCUAACCUCGCUGCUGCAGACUUCUUUGCAGGAAUCGCCUAUGUGUUCCUCAUGUUCAACACUGGGCCUGUCUCCAAAACAUUGACUGUCAACCGUUGGUUUCUGCGUCAGGGGCUCCUGGACACUAGCUUGACGGCCUCUCUAACAAACCUGCUGGUCAUUGCUGUGGAAAGGCACAUGUCCAUCAUGAGAAUGAGGGUCCAUAGCAAUUUGACCAAGAAGAGGGUGACCCUGUUAAUCUUGCUCAUCUGGGCAAUUGCAAUAUUCAUGGGGGCAGUCCCCACGCUUGGCUGGAACUGCCUAUGUGACAUCUCUACUUGCUCCUCUCUGGCACCCAUUUAUAGCAGGAGCUACCUUAUAUUUUGGACUGUUUCCAACCUUGUGGCCUUCUUAAUCAUGGUGGUGGUAUACCUGAGAAUCUAUAUGUAUGUGAAGAGGAAAACCAAUGUCUUGUCUCCCCACACAAGUGGGUCCAUCAGUCGCCGAAGGACACCGAUGAAGCUCAUGAAGACAGUCAUGACUGUCUUAGGAGCUUUUGUUGUAUGCUGGACCCCUGGGCUAGUAGUCUUGCUCCUGGAUGGCCUUAACUGUACUCACUGUGGCGUGCAGGAUGUCAAAAGGUGGUUCCUGCUGCUGGCCUUACUCAACUCCGUCAUGAACCCCAUCAUUUACUCCUACAAAGACGAAGAGAUGUAUAGCACCAUGAGACGGAUGAUCUGCUGCUGUGCUAAUGGCGAAAACCCAGAGAGGCGAACUUCCAGGAUCCCAUCCACUGUCCUGAGCAGAAGCAACGACACCUCGACGAGUCAGUAUAUAGAAGAUAGUCUUAGCCAAGGGACCAUCUCUAACAAAGGGCACUCCUGACUUUGGGACUCUUCUUGUUCCCCCCAAUCUCUCACUGUCUCUCUAACAUGGGAAUGAUGGUCACCACACGGAGAAAACCCCUUAGAAAAAUCCAUGUCUAGAGUGCUUAUUUGUCUUUAAUGGAGACCAAGUACAAUAUCAUUUGAAGUCUUAAUAAAUCAGUGCUAGAUUUUUUGAAAGCUAAGCUUUAAAAGCAUACAAAGUAUGCUAUCAAGAGAGGACACAAGCCGUUUGGAAAGGUCCCAAGAAGAGCAAACAAUACAGUGGAAUCAUGUCUAUUAUUGCAUCUUUUACCCUUUCAUGCAAUCUAAUCCCAUCAUACUUUUUUGUUUCCUGAGCUGUUGCAUUUUUAACUAGUUUUUUUUUAAAUGUCUUCUAAGGAUAGAAUCAAAAGAUUUUCGGCUGGGAAUUCUUCCUCUAGGGUCCAUGGACCUUAGAUUUCAGGAAGGGGGCAGGGCAUAAAUUUGGAUGGCAAAAAAGAAAAAAUGACAUCUUUAUUUCCAAAUUACUAGCUUUCUUUGUAUUUCACUUUGUAGGUUUAAACACAGGAUCCAGAGAAGGAGUCCAUCAGUGUUACCAGAUUGCCUAAAGGGGAUCAUAGCACUCACAAAAUUUAGAAUCAUGGUCUCAGACACUUCCCAGCUGUGUAACCUUGGGCAAGUCACUUAACCCCUAUUGCGUAGCCCUUACCACUCUUCUGCCUUGGAACCAAUAUACAGUAUUGAUUCUAGAACAGAAGGUAAGGAUUUUUUUAAAAAUGAAGAAUCCCUUCUUAAGACCAAAGGAAGAUUUUUGACCCAUUUUCUAUAUUUGCUUGCCCAAUCCUAUGUAAAUGUAUGUAGUUAACACUUCAAAAAAUGUUUCAGAACUGAAACAUAAUUCUACAAAUGAAAUUAGUACCAGCAGGUGAACUUUUAAUAGGAACCCUCCCUACAGUGAGAAUCAGUAUAGGUCCCCAGGUACAAAACUCUUUUCUUUUUUUAAUCAAAAUCUAAUGUAAGUUCUGGGUUCUGAUGGAUUGUUUAACUGAAACAGUAAAUCUUUUAAAAUAGAAGUUGCCUUCAGUUAGCAUGCACGUGUGUGUCUGCACAUAUAUAUGCAUGCAUUUAGAUUUCUUAAUCGAAACACUGGGAUGCAUUCCCAGGCCACCCAGUUUAGAAGACCCUGUACAUUCUGCAUCACGAUUCACCCUCGGUGGUCUAAGAAACAAGGGCUAUAACCAGCAGGACCCCCUACCCUUUCCCAACGAUGUGCCUUGAGGAAAGAAGAAUAAAGUAAUGCAGGAAAUCAGGCUGAAGCCAUUCCUUGCAGGGUCCCUUCUGAUUCAAGGCAUUGGGUCUGAUAUGCUCCCCCAAUUCAAGUUUCUGCUUCCAGAUGGUUGCCUGAGUCUCUCAGGAUGUUUCUCCACUCCUCCCAUUUUGCAGUAGACUGCAGACAAGCUUCAAGUGGUUGCUUUUACCUGUGGACUGAAUUCCGAUCAGGGAUAGAUUCUGAGUUUUUUCUCCUUGGAUGAGCCCAGGAUGUCCUGAAACAAAUCUGUUUAUUACAAAGUCUAGAGCAUCAAAAGCACCAUAGGCACCAUUUUUAUAGAUUUAUAAAGCAUUCUGAUUUUUUUUAAAAGUGUGAUGUCAAGUUAGUUUUCAUAGUAUUUAUGUGGUUUGAAUAAGAAGUUUACAUUUUUAUUUUGGUUGUUGUGAUAUAACAUAGAUGAGCAAAAACUUCUUGGAAUGAGAAGAUUUAAAAAGUGGUGUUCUUAAAUGAUCUAAUAAAGAUAGGAUGUUCAGAUCCCAAGGUGUAGAUCACCCAAUCCCACUGCCACCCCUCAACCAGAUACAGAGAGUUUGUGAAGUCCUCUAUAGACCCACCAUUCCCUCUUUCCCCUAGACUCCCCCCCCCCCCCCCCAAUAAAAUAUGACUUCUUCAAAGUCAGGUUCAAUUCUCUUUUGUUAAAGGUCAUUGUUGUUGUUUUUUUCUGACUGAUUUUGAAAUGAAAAUGUAUCAGUGUUAAUGACAGCACGUUUCUAUUGCAUAAGAAAAAUCCAACCUUACCACGAAGUGCAAUCCUGGGAUGUUUUAUGUUGGCAUUUCAGAGCUGCAGCUGGCCAGAGGGUGGAGAAUGGAAAUUGAAUUCCAGUCCCUGAAUAGCCACUAAGGGAUCUUUAAAUGUUUUAUUUCAAGGAAACAACCAUUUUUCCCCCCUCCAGCAGCAGCCAUGUCAUAUUUAGGCUGGUGUCUGGAGAGGAUUCAAAGCAUGGUGGCUUGAACUGGAAUGAUCUUGUUUGCAUUUCUGAGUUUGAGUGUGUGUGUGUGUGUGUGCACGUAUGCGUGUGGUGUGUCCGCCCGUUUGUGUUUCAGCAGGGAGACAAAAAUUUGAAGAUCAUUUGCUAAGAAGGGUUCAAGUUCUAGGUUGGAUGCUUAAUCCCUGUGUGAUCUUGGGCAGGUCACUAUCACCCUAGGUCUCAGUUUCUUCAUCUAUAAAAUGAAGGGGUUGAUCUAGGUCCUUCUCAUCUCUAAAUCUAAUUCUCUGAUCCUCGGUCAUAAAAAUUUGAGAAUUGAGAAAUAUUAGGAUCAUGGGUGCCUAGAUUUAGAGCUGAAAGGAUCUCAGAGGUUAUCUAGUCUAAUUUCCCCCAUUUUUAUAGAGGAGGAAAUUGAGGUGCAGAGAGGUCACACAGGGAUUAAGUAUCAGGAACAGGAUUUGAAUCCAGGUCCUCCGACUUCAAAUUCAUCCAACAUUCUUUCCAUGGAAACAUCUUAUGAAUCACUAGAAACGUUCAAGAAAUAAACCAAUAAGCAUUUCUCUACAAGUAGUUACAACAAUCAAGGAAGGAUUUUUUUUUCCCUUCAGCUUCCAGGAUUCUUGAAUGACCUUUAAAUUUUCAAGAUGAUGUUAAUAUUCAAAGUAGGGUAGAAAUACUGGUUCCUCCAAAGUAGUUUGUAAUUCAAAACACCUAGUAUUCCUCAUCCAAGACCAAGGAUUGUUCUUCUUCUGUUUAGAAUCUCAAGAACUGUAUCAGAGAAUUCCUUUAAACGUCUACUGAUAAGUAGAAUCUGGUCCAUAGUAUAGACUGUCUAAUUAAAAAUAAAGACUUAAAACAAUUA